AUGUCUGUAAAGAGACAAGUUUCAGUAAAUGAAGAAUUAGACUCUUUGCAGAGUCGCGACGAUACCCAAUUUUAUAAUAAAGUUUCUACUGUUUUAGAUCGUAUAAUUGAUAAAGUUAGAGAUACAGAAGAAAGAUUGACAGCAGCAGAACAAUCGAAAAUAGAUCAAACAAUAUCAAGUGGAUCAAAAUCUAAUAAAUCAACAACUUCAUCCAAAAAGAAAGCAGAAAAUCCAUUCAAAAUGCCAGAAAUACCACCUCUUGAUAAUCAGAUCGACGAAAAGCAGAUUAAAAUAACUCCAAAAAGAAAAUUAAUCAAGAAACCAGUAAAAGAACCUACGAUGGAAGAAGUUUUGGAUGCUUUAUUCCUUCUUCAAAGAGAAAUUAGCGAUAUCCGUGAGAACCAAAAAGAAAUGGAGGAUCAAAUCAAACAAAUACAACGUCUUAUUGAAUAA